AUUAUAAAAUUGCUUAACUAAAUUACUAAUUAAAUUCAGCAAAAAAUUCGCCAAUACGCACUUUCGGACGUAUUUUCACGUGACGUAGCCUACUCUGUUUUCGUCUUUCCUGAUAAUGAAACACUCGAACACGCACGUGUAAAGUAAGGUCCCCUCCCGGUAAUAAACCUUUCGCUACAAAGACCCACAGCAACUUCAGGAAGGUAGUAGCUUAGCGGAUCAAAACAUAACAAUGCAUUCGGCCAACCUUAAUCAGCGAAAUACAACCACCGAGGGACCCUUUGGUUGCUUGGCUCUGCGAAUGGAGGAUAUCAUGGAUGAUGGAGGGAUUCGCAAAGAAGUGGUUCAACCUGGAGAAGGCCCACCUAUACCCAGAGAAGCUUCAGUAUUGAUCCGUUACUCAGCAUUUCUGGAGUAUGCGGACCAGCCCUUUGAUACCAACAGCAACGUCAAGUACCCACGGCUGAUGACGCUAGGGCGAGACGUCACCCUGGCUGGCUUGGAGCUGGGUCUAUUGACCAUGAAGAAGGGGGAGUUCUCCCGCUUCCUCCUCCAGCCACAAUUUGCCUUCGGGGAGAUGGGUUGCCCCCCUCUCAUCCCUCCCGCCGCCCAAAUUCUGUACGAGGUCCAGGUGAUGGAAUUCUUCGAUUCCGCCCAGGCCAAAGAUUUCCUCGCUCUGGAGCCGGAUGCCCAGAAUUCCCUUCCUCUUUCACUACUCAGCAAUGUGGUGAAUACGCUUCGCAACUUGGGCAACCGCUCUUUCAAACAGGGUCGCCAUGACGGCGCUAAAGACCGCUAUAAACAGGCGAUGGCAGCGCUGAUGACCAGGCUGACGCAGAAGGUGGACGAGAAGGAGGUGAAGGCCUUGCUGCUGCCCGUCUACCUGAACCUGGCUCUGACCGAGCUCCGUCUCGAGAGUCCUCAGAAAGCUCUGAAGUAUACAAACCGGGCCCUGGAGAUAGAUCCCCACAACACCAAAGCCCUGUUCCGCAGUGGGCAGGCCUACAUGGACAAGCAUGAGUACGAGGAAGCCCAUAAUGUCCUCAUCAUGGCUCAAGCUAAGAAGCCCUUUGACUGUGACAUUAACGGCCUGCUGAUGAAGGCGGCCAUAUGCUAUAAAAAGGGCUUGGAUCAGCAAACAGAGGUGUACUCCAGGAUGUUUCAAGCAUUGAGGACCUGAAUGAAGCACCAAGGACCAACAGAGUGAUGAUCACCCGAGGGUGAGCGAUAUACAAUGAACCAGGGGCCGGCUUUCACCAGUCCAGCAUGACGGACCAUAGAAAUACUCUAGCUCUUUUAUCUCUCAAAGUGUCAUUUUCUGCUGUUAUUUGGCCUAAACGGAGCAACGCUGUGGAGAGACGUUGACGUCUACGGGCGUUAUGUACACCAUUUGUUACCCUGAUUGUUUCAAAAGCCAGGCAGGGCGAUAUAAAAACGCAGACGCCUUUGGUACAUUUAUUUCUUUGUUCUCUUUGUCAAGUUGGGUUUUUGUGAUCUGCCAAAGUAUGAAAGAGGUUUGUGUUUGAGGUCUGUUAUGUAAUAAAAAAUAUGUGUGCACUUAAACAUUGUUUUAUUCCUUCUUAAUGCUCU